CUCACCCUAGUUCUGCAAUUCAGAACAGCAAGUGUGGAGACCACACGGAGAAGAGGAUGAUCCUAAACAGAGUUCUGAUUCUGGGGACCCUCAUCCUGGCUAUUAUGAUGAGCCCCUCUGGAGGUGAAGAGAUUGUGGCUGACCAUGUUGCCUACUACGGCGUAAAUGUCUACCAGUCUUACGGCCCCUCUGGCCAGUACACCCAUGAAUUUGAUGGCGAUGAGGAGUUCUACGUGGACCUGGAGAAGAAGGAAACUGUCUGGCGGCUGCCUGUGUUUAGCACAUUUGCAAGUUUUGACCCACAGGGUGCACUGAGAAACUUGGCUAUAGCAAAACAGAACUUGAACAUCCUGACUAAAAGGUCCAACCAAACUGCUGCUACCAAUGAGGUUCCUGAGGUGACUGUGUUUUCCAAGUCUCCGGUGAUGCUGGGUCAGCCCAACACCCUCAUCUGUCUCGUGGACAACAUCUUUCCUCCUGUGAUCAAUGUCACGUGGUUGAAGAAUAGGCACUCAGUCACAGAAGGGGUUUCUGAAACCAGCUUCCUCGCCAAAGGGGAUCAUUCCUUCUCAAAGAUCAGUUACCUCACCUUCCUCCCUUCUGCUGAGGAUAUUUAUGACUGCAAAGUGGAGCACUGGGGCCUGGAUGAGCCACUCCUGAAACACUGGGAACCUGAAGUUCCAACCCCUAUGUCAGAGCUGACAGAGACUGUGGUCUGUGCCCUGGGGUUGGCUGUGGGCCUUGUGGGCAUCGUGAUGGGCACCGUCUUCAUUAUCCAAGGCCUGCGCUCGGGUGGUACUUCCAGACAUCAAGGACCUUUGUGAGCUGCACCCUAGAAAGGAAGGUGCACUGCAUGCCCACCUCCCAGAGCAGAAGACUGGACCUGAUAGGCCACCUAGCACUAUUUCCUUGCCCAGUUCAUCAUAUUCCUACUCUCUACCAGUGCUUCUCUGUCACCUCUUCUCUGGCACUCAAGAACUAUAUCUUCUGAGCGCUCACCCUUUAAAUUCUACCCCUUCCUUGACUGCCUGUUUUUGUUUGUUUGUUUUCUUUUCUUUUCUCAAUUGUCAACUACAAUGAGAUCUCUGGGAUAUCCCAACCAGUUACCUGAUCCCUCAUUACUCUGAUCUGGUAUUCCCAUGGAAAUAAUAAUUUUCUCUUUAAGAGAUCCUUUAGAUCAAUUUUUCCUGUCUUUCAUCUCAGGGCUGAUUAGGACUUUGGUCCCCCUUUUUUUUAGACCUUCCUAAUCUCACUUUCCAUAUUAUGUUUCAUGCCCAGCAACACCAGAAAAUGCAGGUAUAGGCUGAUAAUAUUUUGAUAUCUUAGGUAAGGUUAAUGGUUCUCUCUUCCUGUUAUUCUCAUGUUUGGGUACUGCCACACUCCCCCAAUUCAGACACCAAGAAAAGUCAUAUAAGCCCUCUGACCUUGGUAUAGAUUUGGUAUAGGAGAAAUACAAAGCCAAGAAAUAAGUUCAUACUUCUUUUAACAUAAUUUUAGAAAGCUAUGACAGAGAAAUAAGUUAAGAUAAAGAGGGAUCCCUGGGUGGCGCAGCGGUUUGGCACCUGCCUUUGGCCCAGGGCGCGAUUCUGGAGACCCCGGAUCGAAUCCCACGUCAGGCUCCCGGUGCAUGGAGCCUGCUUCUCCCUCUGCCUAUGUCUCUGCCUCUUUCUUUCUCUCUCUCUCUCUCUCUCUCUCUCUCUCUCUGUGAGACUAUCAUAAAAUAAAUAAAAAAAAUUAAGUUAGGAUAAAGAAAUUUUGAAUUUCAUAAGUACCAAAAGACAAAUUGUUUUCCAAAACUUUAAAAUUUCAAUUUGUGAAGAAUGAAUGAUGAUAGGAGAAGCUUUCCUCUCCCAUCCUCACCCAUGAGAAGAUAAGAAUUCUUUAGGCAGGAAAAUAAAUGGAAGUCAAGUAAGAGAGCAUUAGAAUAAGACCAUAAAGUAAGUACCUGAGGAGAACCAAAUACUUUGUUCUUACUUAGGGACAGCAACAACAGGAUGAGAAAGGGAGUAGAAAUCAUAGACAGUUAAGUUUCUUAGAACACAGGUGUAGUUUGCCUCACCUCUUACAUGAAUCUCUUCUAGAUAAGCACGUAGACUUUCCUGUGCCCUGGUGGCAUAUCAGGGAUAGUAGAGUGAAUAUAUCUGCAGGAUGUUUCUAGGCAGAUCAUCUUAGGUCAAGCUCACUGAAUCCCUGUGUAUCCCUGUGCAUCCCUGGGCACCCAAGGAAACUGCACAACACCCCAAUAACUCCAGUCCCGUGCCCCCACCCCUCAUCCCUCUUGUAUCUGGAAAGAAUGAAUCUAAGAGAGAGAAAGGUCAGCAGGGACAACGUAGUGGAGAUAAUGUACUGGCAGCUAUGGAAUGGAUCCUGUAUUCACUUCUAGAUUCAUUGUCCUCUAGUGGAAACUCUUGCAGAGGAAAUGGAUCAACAGAUGGAAUUCUCUGGUGUUCUUGAGUUGUCUAAAGCUUCACUCGGAAAGUGUAUGUGACUUGACUCGGAGUCAUUUUCCCUUUGAAAUUAUUUUAGGCACAUAUUGGCCUUAGUCUUUUCACUCUGCAAGUACUGUGUCCAUACAUGGUGUCUAAGGCAAUAUUAUGGAACAACUAUAAAAUGUAUGAGGCUGUCCCUGGCCACACCACCUGUAUCAGUGAAUUUAAAGUGUAAUUGGGAGAAAAAAAGACAAUUGUAACACAAUAGUUGAUAUAGUAGAGUUUGAUGAAAUGAAACUUAAAUCCAAAUUCAGGACAUAUGUCUUCUGAGACUCACCUUUCUCAUCCAUUCUCUGGAAGUAAUAAUACUUUCCUUGCAGUUAUUGACAGAAUUUGAAUAAUCUUGAUUACACAUAAUAUGGAAAUACAUAAGAAAACAUUGCUAUUUGUAUCUGUAUUAUUAAAAAGAAUUGAUUAUAUCGUAUUAAAAGCACUUCUCUUUUUCUGAGUCCAUUAAUGAUUUAGAAGUUUCAAAAAUGGAGCUGUGAAUGAAUUCCUUUUCAUAAGUUAAAGAGAGGAUUUUGCUUUCCCCAGCAACUCAGAGACUCUGAGAUUGGCUUAGGCUAAGAGAAUAGAUAGGGUAUAGCAGUCAGUGACAUGUCACCAGUGGAAGAUUGCUAAGAGAAUUCUUAGAACAGUAAGUCGUAAGAAUUUGACUUGAGGUUUUUAGGACCAAAGAUAUGCUAUAUUGUAACAGACCUUAUGCAUAUUUACUUUGGGGAUAAUUCAAGGAUCAAGAGUUACCUGUGAGGUAGAAGUAAGAGAAUAAUUAACAAUGGAGACUAGGAACUAGUAAAUUUAGGGAAUCUGACCCAGAAGUUAUCAAGAAAAUGUAGGUAACAGAACACAGAGGAGGUCAGGCCAGUGCAACUACUCUGCAAUGUAUUAUAAUGGUAGGUACAUGCCAUUACACAUUUGUUCAAACCCACACAAUGUACACCAAGAGUGAACCCUAAUGGAAACUAUGGACUUUGGUAAUAAUCUAUCAAAAUAGUGUCAUCAAUUGUAAUAAAUGUACCACUCUGGUAAGGGAUGCUGAUAGUAGGGGAGGCUGUGCCUGGUGGGGACACAGAUAUAUGGGCAGUCUCUGUACCUUCCACUCAAUUUUGCUGUGAACCUUAAAUUGCUUUAAAAUAAACUGUAUUGGGAUCCCUGGGUGGCGCAGCGGUUUAGCGCCUGCCUUUGGCCCAGGGCGCGAUCCUGGAGACCCGGGAUCGAAUCCCACAUCGGGCUCCCGGUGCAUGGAGCCUGCUUCUCCCUCUGCCUAUGUCUCUGCCUCUCUCUCUCUCUCUCUCUCUGUGUGUGUGUGUGACUAUCAUAAAUAAAUAAAAAUUUAAAAAUAAAAUAAAAUAAACUGUAUUAAAAGAAUGUCAGCAAUUAUGAUGUCAAAGGUAUAAAAUAAAAAUUUUAGUAUAAAAAAUGUAAUCAUCUGAAAAUGCACUAAUGUACUCAGGGAGAGUUUUUGGCAAUAGGCUGUCAAAUAAAUGUUAUAUAAAUCUCAAGGAAUCGUGAGAUGGGAACUCAGGAAUUUGGGUAAAGGUGUGUGUGUGUGUGUGUGUGUGUGUGUGCAUUAUUGUACUAUAAGGUGUAUACUGAAUCCCAUUAUGACCAGUGCCCUAGGAAUACACAAACACUGACUUACUCAGACUCCUUCUCAAUGAAAUACUGAGGAAAACAAAUUUAAUGGAAGAUGCAUUUUAUUAAGGGGCUUCAUUUGUAAGACUUCACAUAAUUUUAAAAUAGAAAUUUAAAUUAAUUCUAACAACAAGCACAAACAUUUCGAUAUUAGCUAAAAGUUAAAAGUGAGAUCAUCACAUGACAUUACUGUAAACAAAGAUAUCAAUCCUCAUGAUACUAAAUUAUGUGAUCUAAAAAAUUAUUUGAGUUAUUUUACUUAUUUCUGAUUGUGUGCAUAAAUUGUGACUAUUAAUAUUUAAUAUCAUACUAUUCAAAAAUACAUAAUUAGAAAAUCCUUUUAUUCAGCAAAUCAUUUUCAGGGAAAAUAAAGAACAGAUAAACUUCAUAUUAAAAAAAUUAAGAUACAUAUCAACCAAAUGUUAGGUUUUGUUUGGAUGCAUAUUCAAAUAAAAGAACUGUUAAAAAAUUCUUGUGAAACAAUCACAAAAAUUGAACUCUGACUCUAUUAAGAAAUUUUUAAUCUAAUUUUGGGUGUGAUAAUGGCAAUGUUAUGUUUCCAAAAAGUCAUUAAAUUUUAGAUUUCGUAAUAACAUAUUCAUCGAUAAAAUGAUAUGAUUUAUAAGAAUAUCAUCAAACUAAUCCAGUAUAUGUGUAAAAUUAAGUGGGUAGGUUUACAAAAUUAUCCAUGUAUUAAUAAUUAUUAAAGGUGGACUCUUGAUACUUGGCACUAUUCUCUCUACCACUACAUAUUGUUGAAAUUUUCCAUGAUAAAAAGGGUUUCUUUUAAGUAUCCCAGGAAAGACAAAGAAAAAAACUAGGUUAAAAAGCAUUCUGCGGUGUUAUUCUGUAUGUUGGUAAAUUGAACACCAAUAAAAAUUAAUUUAUUAAAAAAAAAAGCAUUCUGUUUGAAGUUAGCAUUCGUUUUUAAGAUUUUCCUCAUUUUUUAUCCCAGGUAGGAAGCCAUGAGUAUCCAAAACUUGCUCCACACCAUGGACCUCUCAGAAAUGUAACCCUAAAGAAUACAUAUGUCACAAGGAUAAUAUUGAAGGAAAGCAAAGUAAUACUCUCUUUAUCUUGACUGGACUAAGCCCCAAACAUUGCUAAUAUAUACACUAAUUUAAUUAAUAAUGCAAAAAUAAAAAUGGUUAUUGAAUACCAGUGUUGUGACACAUACCAUACUACAUUCUGAGUGUAUUAAAUUGAUAUGAAAACAGAUAUGUUCAUUGUCUUCACAGACUUUACAUUCUAGUAGGAAGAAAUAUGCAUAUACAAAAUAGUUCCACAAAUAUAUAAUAACAAACUCUGAAGAAUUUAUAAAGGAAAUGAACAAGGUAACACAUAACCAUUGCACAGGAAUUAAGCAUUUGGUGGAGAUUAGAGGUGGCUUGAACAAAUGUAUGAGAUGAAAUAGAUAUUGUAUAGUAUGUAAAGCAAAUAAAUAAAUAAAUAAACAAUCCUGUAAAAAGAGAAAUAGUGGACUUGAGCUAUACCUUAGACCAAAUGGACCUCAUGGACAUUUUAAUGACCCGAAUAGACAUUUUUCCAAGAAAAGCAUUCAAAUGGCCAACAGCUAACAUGAAAACAUACUCAACAUCAUUAAGCAUUAAGGAAAUGCAAAUGUAAACCACAAUGAGACAUCACCUCACACCUGUUAGAACGGCUAUCACCAAGAAAGUAAGAAAUAACAAGUGUUGGCAAGCAUAUGGAAAAAAGGGAAUCCUUACACACUGUUUUUCAGAAAGUAAAUUGGCUCAACCAAAUAAUAUGGAGGCUCCUCCAAAAACUGAGAUAUCUGCACCUUCAUAUCCACUGCAACUUUACAUACCGUAGCCAGGACAUGGAAACAUUUUAAGUCCCCACUGAUGAUGAAGGGAUAAAGCAAAUGUUACACCAACACACACCACAAAAUGGAAUACCAGUCGGUCAUAAAAAAAGAAUGAAAUCUUGCCAUUUGUGACAAUACAAAUAGACCUUAAAGGUUCUAUGCUAAAUGAAAUAAGUCAGACAGAGAAAGACAAAUACCAUACAUUUUCACUUGUAUGUGGAACCUAAAAAACAAAACAAAUGAGAAAACAAAACCAGACUCCUAAAUACAGAAAACACACUGAUGGUUGCCAGAAGAGAGGGGGGUUGGGUGUUGGGCAAAAUGGAUGAAAGUAUCAAGAAGCAUAAACUUCAGUUUUAUUUUAUUUUUUUAAGAUUGUAUUUAUUUAUUCAUAGAGACACACACACACACACACACAGAGAGAGAGAGAGAGAGAGAGAGAGAGAGAGAGAGGCAGUGACACAGGCAGAGGGAGAAACAGGCUCCAUGCAGGGAGCCUGACAUGGGACUUGAUCCGUGGUCUCCAGGAUCACACCUCACGCUGCAGGCAGCGCUAAACCGCUGCGCCACGGGGCUGCCCAAACUUCAGUUUUAAAAUAAAUAAACCAUGGGGAUGUAAUGAAUAGACAAUACUACUGUAUUAACUUUGGUGACAAAUGGUAACUAGACUUAUUACAGAGAUCAUUCCAUAAUGCAUAUGAAUGUUGUACACCUGAAACUCCUAUAAUAUUGUGUGUCAAUUAUACUUCGAUUAAUUUUGUGUGGUGACAGAUGUUAAGUAGGCUUAUUGUAGUAAUCAUUUUCAAGAUAUACAAAUAUCAAACCAUGUGUACACCUGAAAAUAAUAUAGCGCUAUAUGUCAAUUAUACCCCAAGAAAAAAGAAAUAACUGUCUCACUUUGAAUGAAUAAGGUCUUGGCAACAAUUUCUUGGGUAUAAAACCAUAGCCAAAGCAAAGAAAAGAAAAGAAAAAACAAAACCAAAAAACCCCAAAUAAACAAAAAUAAAUAUAACUACAUCAAAUUUAAAACUUCUGUACAGCCAAACGAUUAGCCAAAUGCAAAGGCAACCUGUGGAAUAGGAAAAAAACAUAUCUUGUAAACCAUCUAUCUCAUAAGUGGUUAAUAUAAAGUUACUCAUAUAAAUCAAGAGUGAAGAAAACAAACUGAUUUAUAAAGGGACAGAGGAGGACUUCAGGGAAGAGAGCAGAGUAGCUGGACCCUAAGUUCACCUCAUCCCAUGGAUACAGCUAGAUAAAAUCCACAUCAGUGUAAAUACCCCAGAAAACCACCUGAAGACUGGCAGAACACACUCUCCACAGCUAAGUGGAAGGAAGAGGUCACAACCAAGAAGGAAAGGAGGGCAGAGAUGGGUCAGGAGUUAAAGGACCUAUACAACUGUCCACAAGAGAGGGCUGCUGUGGCCU